AUGGCAUCAGAAAAGAGAGUUGGUGUCCUCGGAGGUGGUCAGCUCGGCCGCAUGUUAGUCGAGGCCGCCAAUCUGCUCGAGAUCCAGGUCAACUUCCUAGAUGCGCCCGGAUCAUCUGCAAAGCAGGUCUCUGCACACGACGGCCACGUCGAUGGCUCAUUCAAAGAUCGCAAUGCUAUUCAGCAGCUGGCCGAAAAGUCCGACGUGAUGACCAUCGAAAUUGAGCAUGUCGAUGUCGAGAUGCUCGAGGAGCUUUCUUCGACUGUAGACAUCCAACCUUCCUAUCGAACCAUCCGGACGAUCCAGGAUAAGUUCAACCAGAAAUGGYAUUUGACUAAACAUGGAGUGGCAACCACGGAGAGUCUGGCUCUGGAGGAGUCCUCCUUUGCCGAGCUGGAGAGAGUGAGUAGCAAGCUCGGAUUGCCAUUGAUGCUCAAGUCACGGAGAGAGGCGUAUGACGGAAGAGGAAAUUAUGCAGUCAAGACAAAGACGGACUUCAAGUCAGCAUUACAAGCACUGGGGAGACUGGACCUAUACGCGGAGAAAUGGUCAGACUUCAGAAUGGAGCUUGCCGUCAUGGUCGUCAAGACUGCGAACGGGGUGCUUUCUUUCCCAACUGUCGAGACGAUUCAUGAGAACAGCAUCUGCAAGCUCACAUAUGCACCCGCACGAGGAGUUUCCGUGGAGCUCAACAAGAAAGCACAGGAGCUCGCGAAGUUGGCAGUGAGCCAUUUCGAAGGCAAGGGUGUGUUUGGUGUGGAAAUGUUCCUCCUCCGAGAUGAUACUCUUCUUGUCAACGAGAUUGCACCACGACCACACAACUCCGGCCACUACACCAUUGAAGCUUGCCCAGUGUCUCAAUACGAAGCCCAUCUUCGUGCUAUCCUCGACCUACCUCUUUUCCAGGAAGACCUCGAACUCCGCGAGCCCUCUAUCAUGCUCAACAUUCUCGGGGGCGAGGAGCCAGACUCCCACCUCGUGAUCGCACGGGAAGCACUCAAGCAUCGCCGAACCAAGAUCCACCUGUACGGCAAGGGUGAAGCCCGUAAAGGUCGCAAGAUGGGCCAUAUCACUGUCUGCGCGCCUACAAUGUUCCAAGCCGAAAAGCUCAUCCAGCCUAUGAUUGACUUUGUAGACAAAGACAAGCCCAAACUCCGCGACGUUGCCCUUUCCCCAGAAGACUCCGCCUCCGUCGAAGAAACCCCAGCCCCUCUGGUAGCAGUAGUAAUGGGCUCCGACUCUGAUCUCCCGGUUCUGCAACCGGGCCUCGCAAUACUCCGGAAGUUCAACAUCCCUUACACAACCCGCAUAACCUCCGCCCACCGUACUCCAUCCUUCAUGGCCGAGUUCGCCAGCGCCGCUAAAGAAACCUCCAUCAAAGUCAUCAUCGCCGCAGCAGGCGGCGCCGCACAUCUCCCAGGAAUGACAGCAGCAUACACGCCCCUCCCAGUCAUUGGUGUCCCUGUCAAACCCACCAUUGGGGACGGGAUGGAUAGUCUCCUCAGCAUUUGCAACAUGCCUAAAGGCGUCCCCGUUGCGACCGUGAGUAUCAACAACAGCACCAACGCUGCUCUCCUUGCCAUUCGGAUUCUCGGAGCCAGUGAUUCGAGUAUUCGAGCGUUGACCGAAAACUACAUGAGAGAGAGCGAGAAGGAAGUCCGGGCCAAGGAUGCAAAAUUGGAACGAUUGGGAGCAGACAAGUAUGCGGAGGAUGUUUUGGGAAGUCCGCCUGUGGUGCCGAUGCCGAUGACGACGACCAUGAUGAAGAGGCAGAGUUACAUCACGCCGCCAUCUACGCAUUCUGAGCAAUCUUUCCGAUCUCAGCCUUCGUCGCCUGCGAGUUCCAUUGGACGAAGACUUUCGCGCGUGUUGGUUUCUAGGAAGCAUAGUAUGGAGUCGGCAGUUUAG